AUUUGAGCUAUAUCCAGUUGCUAACUUUAGGGUUAGCACAACAAUUUUUUGUUUUGGGUUAAACCGCAAUUUAUGAAUUUUUAGAACUAAGUCUAAUAUUUGAAUGUAUUAAAAUUAUAUAUAUACAGUAUAUGUGUGUGUGUGUAUAUAUGUAUGUAUGUGUGUGUUUAUAACCUGUCAGAAUAAGCCAAAGAUACAAAGGAUUGACAUAGGAAAAGCAGGGUGAUGAUGAUGAUGCGAAAAUGGGAGCCGGUAGAACAGGUCUAACUUCCAUGACAGGACUGACGCGUCACCGUGGAGUCACUGUGAAGUGAAACCACAUAACCACUCGAUCACUCAGACACACACCUGCCACGGCACGCAUCUCACACACACCCAGAGACAACGCUGCUCACUCACGCUCACACACACUCAGAGACAGCGCGGCUCACUCACGCUCUCACACACACUCAGAAACGGCGCUGCUCACUCACGCUCUCACACACACUCAGAGACAGCGCGGCUCACUCACGCUCUCACACACACUCAGAGACGGCGCUGCUCACUCACGCUCUCACACACACUCAGAGACAGCGCGGCUCACUCACGCUCUCACACACACGGUCCACCAGCACCGAACCUGAGGACUUGUUUGUUUAUUUAGUGGCGAGAAGGAUUUUUGGCGGCGUGUGGAUUUUUUUCGCAUUUGUCUGUCAUCUAUUUCGACCGAGUCUAUUUCUAUAUCAGCCUGUCUGCAUUUGUCUGGAGGGCUGAGGGGAAUGGACAGGGGGUACGUCAUAUUGAUCAGGGUUCCCGCGGGAAGCAGCCCUUCCACAGUGCUCACCCUGGUCUGACAGGGUGGAAAAGUGCCCCUCUCCAGGGGCAGGGAGGGGCUGCAGGAACAGAAGAACAGAAGAACCAAGGACUGGGGUGGGGUGGGGGGGGGGGGGCGAGCAGGGUAUGCCUAAAAAUGGGGAACCAUCUGCCCUGAUGCUUCUACUGCCUCUGCUCCUACGCCUCAUCCCUGCUACAGAGACAGACACCGGGAAGUUACCCUCACCACAAGGAGUCUUCAUAGAAUCAACCAACAUGAGGCACUUGCUGAAAUGGCGCCCCCUGCAGGUCCCCUGCCACCCUGUCAGCUACUCAGUACAGUACCAGGGGUAUUUUGAACUCUUCAUUAAGAACGGGAGCUGGGAGGACGCCCCCUACUGUCGGAACGUUGACGGCGCCGCCUGCGACCUGACGGUCGGCUUCGGCUCCGACUCCGACUACAACGUCCGCGUGAGGGCCGAGUGCGGCGGCCGCGUCUCAGACUGGACCAGGCUCGGAACGCCGUUCAACCGCAGAGAGACCAACCUGACGGCGCCCAAAAUGAAAGCCGCUGUCUCCGGGGACUCCAUCCACGUGGUGUUUGCGGACCUCACCGAGAUGGUGGACGUGACCCUGAAGCACUGGAGGGAGGGCCUGGAGAAGGAGGCCUCCAUCCAGCACAUCAUGGUGGAGAGGAAUCCCUUCCACCUGGGGGGCCUGGAGGAGGGGGCCACGUACUGCCUGAGCGCGCAGACCGUGGUGCACGACAGAAGAAGCGCCAGUACAGAGCCGCAGUGCUUCAGCAUCGCUGUGUCUCCGGAAUCUGCCCGCGGCUGGCUGAAGCCCACCGUGGCGUGCGUCGCCGUGGUGAUUGUCGCAGGUGUGGGCCUCGCGGCAUUUUGGUCUGUGACGAGGUGCUACCCCGCCCUCCUGAAUACCUGCUGGCCCCGGGAACCCCUGCCAGAUGCACUGCUCCGCAGGGAGGCCAACACCAGGCUGAGAGUCCUGCCGGAGGAGGAGAUCCACGAGCUGUGCCAGCCGGUCCUGGUUCUGCUUCCAGACCCGGUCUGAGGGAGGGAGGGAGGGAGGGAGGGAGGAAACGAUGAAGAGGAGUGGAUCUUCCCACGCUGAGAGCAAAAGCCCGCACGCUCACCUGGACCACAGCUCACCUAGAUCAGACGUCAUCUGGACCAGAACUUUACCGGGACGAGAACCCAUCAAGAGCAGAACACAAGGUCCAAACAUUACCGGGACUAAAACUCAUCUGGAGCAGAACACACCAGGGCCAAAACUUACCUGGACUAUAAUUAGUCUAGAACAGAACACAAGGUCCAAAACUUAUCUCGACUAGAACUCAUGCAGAACAGAACACAAGGUCAAAAAAUUACCUGGACUACAACUCAUCUAGAACUAAGCUAACCUGGACCACAGUUCACCUUCACUAAGGUUUACCUGGGAACUAAUGAACUCCAUUUUACAGAAACCUAGCCGAAACUCAGAGGUGCUGCUCAGUUGUGUGAACAAACUCUUUGAAUAAUGACGGAUUUACUGUCCAGCAGUUAGCAGCGUGGUUCAGGUCAGACUUGCUGUUUGACUGCAGAUCAAAUGUUAAUUCGAUCUACAGAUGUUAACAAACACUGUUCAACCGGAGAUGUCAAAAUGAGCGUUGAAGCAUUGUUGAUAUUGUCAGUAUUUCUUAAUGUAAAUGUGUAGUCAAUGAAGUCAAUGAAUGAAGCAUUACCAGAAUAGGAAGUGCAUUAGCAUUUUAAAAAACGAUUUCACAUACAGCUCAGAAGUAUUUUUGUUUUUUUGCAGAAAACUACUGUCAAUUAUCGUAGAUUGAUGCGAGUAUUAUUUCCGAGGGAGUACUGUAUUUUUCCAAGACACCAUUUUUCUGAAAAGCUAUUUCUGUAAAAUAAAAUUAUUUUCUACCUCAUA